GACAACUGCACUGCACAGUUGACAGUUGACACACCGCUUGCGCGAUGUUUGCAUAGUUUUUUUCUUAUUUUAGCAUUUUUUAGUUUUAAGGAUUGUUAAGUGAACUAAUUUCUUGCACAAAGGAGAGGCUUUCUCAGGGAAAUGGGGCGCACACCAUCACCGAGCCCCGCUACACGUCGCGACCGUCGAAAGGAGAAGGAACGUGAUCGAGAGAAGAGGAAGAAGCGUCAGAGAUCUCGCGAAAGAGAUGACUGGGAGCGCAGCGACCGCCGCUUGAGAUCACAUCGAUCCCAUUCAAGGAGCCGGGAGAGGAGCGAUCGUCCACCACGCAGAUCGAGGUCUAGAUCGAGAUCCAGGGAGUAUGUACGUGAGCGAGAUCGUCGUGAACAGCCGGGCCCCUCGAGAUCUCGAGGCCGCGGAGGCGGAAGCGGCGGUGGGAGUUCUAGUGCUGGCGGUAGUGAACGUCCGUCAGUGAGUGAGGCAGAUCUCGAGGGGAAGAGUCCAGAGGAGCAAGAGAUGCUGCGCACGAUGGGCUUCUGUGGCUUUGACACCACUAAAAACAAGAAGGUAGAGGGUAACAAUGCCGGAGAAGUUCACGUGAUUCUCAAGCGAAAGUACCGGCAGUACAUGAACCGAAAGGGUGGCUUCAAUCGCCCCCUGGAUUUUGUCGCUUAGAGAUCUUAAGUCGCGACGAUAACAUUAACUACCUGCAAUUUACCUCCCGUUGAAUAUUUCUUCGUUUAUCAUUUCAUUUUUUUUUUUUAAUUUUUGUUCUGUUAUCAAAUCACUAAUCAAAUCAAUCUCAGAAGGAUAUUUACUGAAAGUGACGGGUAUUUUUUUUUCACCACAAACUAUAAAAAACAGAUUAUUUUAUUACAAAACCUCCACACCUACAAUAGCCACAUAAAACCACAAUAGUUAUUUUAUUUUACAGCCAACACAGCAAUAGUUAUUUACAAAUGUAUUACCUCAAAUGUUAAAUUUUGCAAUAGUUAUAAAUUUUUACAGGAAAUGCAAUUUUCCCUGGGCUCUUGAUCUGUAAGAGCAUCAGCAGGGGAAUUGUAUUGUAAAUCAGGGAUUCAAUUCAAUUGGGUAAAUCCACCACAACACAAAUCAAAUCCAAUGCCAUAGCCUUAAAAUUCAGCUGAAGGAAAUUCUUGUAUCCUUCCUGGAUUUCCACACACACACACACAACUUGCAAUAGCUCAAUAGAUAAAAAAAAUAAACAAAAAUUAUAAAAAUAUACCUCACUAAAAGUUAAAUGAAGAAAUUAUUGUUACAAAAUUAUUGUGAUUGUACCAAAAACAAAAAGAAGAAGAAGGAAAAAAAGGAUAUGAGAAAUUCUCAUCAAAAAAGCAUGCAUAGUUGAUUAAGAAAUUGCAGGAGAGCCUCUUAAAAAAAAAAGAAUUUCAAAUGUUAGCAGUUAAGAAUCAUUUCAUCUCAUUACAGUAUUUAAUCAUUUUUGUAGCCACCAA